AUGUCAUCGGAGAAUAAAUCCGUCGGUGAAUCACAGUGUUUGUCACUCAGUUUCAUAGACGAUUUGAAUCCAUCCAAAGAUAUGUGGACUAUCAAGUGUCGAAUCAUCCGCAAAUGGAUUCAGCCCUUUCGGAUGGAUCUCGUGUUGAUCGAUGAGAAGUGUUUAUACAGAGAUGAUUCUCUAAUCCCCAUGAUUUUGGGUUUGUUUUUUAUUUCUAAGCUUCUUGGUUGUGGUCGUAAAAUUCAAGCAGAUUUGGUGUUGGAGAAAACAGUGAUACCUACAAAGUUGUUAAUCAUGGUUACAAGAUUAACUUUUACCGUUGUACGGUUGUUACACGUGCCAGUGGUUGGGAAGGGGUUGAUUAUGGAUUUAACUUCUUGGCACAUUCGGGAAAUUCUUAAAGGAGAGGGAAAGAAUCUGGUCACUGUUGAUGUUGCUGGAAUUGUUGUGUCGUGUGGAGAUAUGGAAGUCUUUCCGAAUGAAAGAAAAAGGAUGAACUUUGAUCUUCAAGAUGUGCAGGGAGAAGUAGUUCGUUGUACUUUGUGGAAUGGAUAUGCACAACAAUUUAAUGAUUUCUUGACGCAAAACAAUCCGAUUGAGAAUGUCAUGGCUGUCAUUCAGCAUGCGAAGAUUAAGCUGUGGCAGGGACAAUAUACCGUUCAGAAUGAUAAGUUUGGAACUCGACUGUUUCUCAACGAAGAAAUUCAUGAGGUUAAUGAACUUCGUAGGAGGCUUUUAGUGAAACACUUUGAAGCUGGUGCUUCUUCUUCUCAAACCAUUCUUUCAUCUCAGAGUGUAUUUCCAGUCCGUCAAAAAUUUCUAAUUGAUACUCCUAAGAAACAUGUUGAUGAAAUAAUUGAGAUUGAAAGCGUAUGA